AUGGCGCAACGUAACAGCCCACGACGUCGGCACAUGGUCGUUUCUCCGGGAGUGGUCCUCUUCUUGACAGCCGCAACCAACGGUCUGGACUGGUGGUGGUACCUCCUGAUAGCCCUCAUCGCUCUCCUCAUCAUCAUCGUCAUCCUCCUCAUCAUCUACUACUACUGCUGGUCCAAGAAGACAGCGAUCAAAACCCUGAAUAAAGUGGAUCGUUCCACAUCAGUGGAGCUGGGAUUCAUGCGACUUGAGAAGGAAACAAAGGCCAAGCCGGUUGUCAUGGAGACGGUAUUCAACGAGAAGACAUCUAAGAGAAGCAAAGUUAAUGGAAGUGCAUCUCGCGAGGCAGAUCGUGCAAGACUAACUGAAGAUCCAGCUCAAAAACGCAAGAAGAGAAAGAAAACCAAAAGGGCUCAGGAAAGUACGAGAGAGUAUUCCAAACGUGGUUAUUUCAGCGGUGAGGAUGAUCAGCUAUUCACUCAUGUCGACACUCACUCUAAGACAAAGAAACCGACUAGCACCUCACGCUCCCAGAACAACAUAGUGUACCCCGAGCCUGAGAGACUCCCGCCGCUCAUACACCACUCCUUGGUUGCUUACUCCGAGACUGAGAGUGAAAUCAGUAAUGAGCAACUAAGGAUGAUGAGGAAAGCAGGAAUGCCCAAGUCUUGGUAUACAACACAUAUUGGCAAGGAUCCAGAAGAACUGAAGAAAGACAUCGCUAGAGAGAAGAAGAGACAGAAGAGGAAGAAAGAAAAGAAAAUUCAAGACCAGUUGACUGCCGAACAAAUGCAAAAGGAGUUUGAUGCAGUUCUUGGUGGUAUGGAUGAACAGGGGAUCAAGAAUCCAACCGCAAGACAGCUGCAAGUAACCAGGACAGACCGUUGGAAGCCACGGGACGGGAAAAGGAAAAGUGAAAUACCUGAAUCAACAGGCGUCAUUAACGAGUCCGCUGUUAGGCUGAUCAGAACCCGUCCUCUUGAGUCUGCUGCUCCACCAGCGCAAAAUCAUGAAGACAUCAAGAGAGAAAUCGAGGAGCUUCUUAAAAGAGGUCCUCCUAAACCCGUCCAAGGACCGCUUUCAAAGACCACAUCUGUAUCUCAGGAGGAAGCUAAAGAACUCGCUGAGAAGAAGGAAAGAGAGGUGAGACUUCGGAGGAAAUGGGCUGAGGAGAGGAAGAGAAUAAAUCGCAUCUUAGACGAUGCUUUUGCUCUUAGCUCAUCCAGCUUAGGCAACACAAGCGAACAAACAAAAGGAGACACACCAACUACAAGCAAUGGGCAGUCUAGUUUGGGGGAAAGAGAGUUUGGUAAAGACUUAGAGGACUCGGGGUAUCUUCGGCACCGUGGUCACUAUGGUUACGAUGCACUGGAUGAUAGCGUCUUGCCAGGGAUGAUUCAAGGACGACUUGCCAUGCCAUCUAGGAGCAUUCCUUUGUAUGAAACAAGCUUUGGGAUGGACAUUAGUGGUGAGCAUCUUUACGACUCGAUACGACGGCCGCCAAUCGAGUACGAGUUCCUGCCGUCGCAAAUGCGUUCUGAUGGUGCAGCCCCUGCGUAUGGGGUGAGCGUUUCUCCAAUCCGGACGCAGAGGGCGCGUGUCGUACCGUAUCCUGUACGGGAUGUCCUACCGACGGACCCCUACAGAAGCCUGAACUCGUCUUUGAGUAGCAGCCUUCAACCGAUGCCGAUAACUCCCCGGAAUCAUCGCACGGGUGGGACUGUUGGAAUGGGCACUCAACACCAGGAUGAUCAAGGUCGAGACAUAACGCGUGUGCAAGAAGAGAAUCUGUCACUUCAAAGACUAGUUGCUAAGCAACAACGGGAGCUUGACCAUGCUCUAGCCCUGAUUAGACAGCCUAAUUCCAGGAUUGACCAACCACAGAAGAGUGAUAGCAUGGAAGGGAAGGUUGGAUCUAAUGGCCGGAAGCAACGUAAAGUUGUUCCAGUCAAUUCUGCAAAGCCACUCAAUGGACCUAGUACAGUGUCAGCAUGGACGGAUGACCAUAAAGCUGUGGAGAGGAAAUCCCAUCCACUGACAUCAACCCCCAACAAAGACAACUUGAUCAAGGUUAAACCAAGGCCUUCACAGAGGGAGAAAAGCGUCAUCUUGGAACACCACAUAGAGAAGCCAGGUAAAGGCUCCGCGAACAGUAAAGUAUAGUCACUCUACAUGCAUUAUCCAAUAGCCAGCCGGUUGGUGAAACGAGAGGAGAGAAACUUCGGGCAUUAUAACAAGACAUAUUAGAUAAGGAUAUAGAUACUGAAAUAGUGCGCAAACAUGUUUUUUAAAUUUUGUUUAUGAAGAGGCUUAUAUCAAUUUUGGUAUUAAAUAUAGGGUUAAGUAAAAGAUGACAUACAAUUAUUUUCUCCUAGUAGGAUUAGAAUUGAAACCCUAUAGUCUAAUGCGAUGACGUAACUUACUUGAAUGGCAUAUGUCAAAUAGUCAUUUAUAUUUUUAGGUAAAUGUAGUCAUAGGAUUUUAAAAAUACAUGUAUUUGUUGCAAACUUCUAAAGGUCAAUUGGAUAAUAUGAAAAGUAGGGGGGAAAAAUGCGGCAUUUGUACAUCUUCAAUUGAAUAUACAAAUAUUUGUACACAUUUGUUCUGGAGGAAGACGCAUUGCGUGAAGAAAAAAAUGAGCGACAUCAAAAUAUGUAUUGAUAACAAUGCUUCACCUGCAUGCUGAUCAUACUGUCUCAUAUAGAGAUGAGAGUUAAAUCGUUAUUCUGAAUGCGAAUCAUAUGGUCUUACUAUAAGUAUGUAUAGUUAGUAUUAUGCUCGCAUACCCAGACAAUCCAUUGUUCUUCAAAAAAAAUUAGGUGCUACUAACAUUUGUAUUUGAUUAAAACAUUGCCAAAGAAAGCAUUUUAAUUAUAAAUAUAUAAAAUAUAUAUUCAUUGAUAGAUUUAUAUGAAGUGCAAUUUUAUUAAAAUGUGACUGAUAAGUGUGCUAAUCUACGCCAAAAAUAUCUUCCAAAUAAAGCUAAAUGAUCAAAAGUAGACGUUUAAAUAAAGAAUAUUAUAUAUGAUAUAAUCGUAUAAAGUACACAACUGAAAUGCAUUACUUUAUGUUCUUAUUAUAGGUACAUUUCUUAUCUGGGGUUUAUUAUGGCAAAAUUUUACAGAUUACUUGCGCUUGAGCUUUGUAUUAUCUAUACAAAAUUAGCGUAUUACACUUUGCGUCAUCAUGAAGAAAACAAAAUUGCCGCGGUUUAAUUGUAGAGCCUUAAAAGGAGCAUUUACAUUAUCAUUAUUUUAUGUUGUGAAUUAACUCUGUAUUCCUUAUUGGUACUGGAUAAGAAUUGUAUGUUAUGUUGUUAUUGAUGUAUACAUGACUUUAGUAAACAACACCUCCUUUCGAUGGGUUAUUGCUAAGGGAUAUAGUAUGUUUGUUUCUCUCUCACAUUAAAUAUUAUUCAACAUUUUGCAUUCAUAAUAAUCAACUUUGUUCAUGUUGGAGGAAGCCAUAUUUUAAUGUUUCAAGCAAUAGUUAUCGAUUUUGUAUUGACGUCAACUAAUUUUUGUUAAUAUCUCGUCUCAUAUGUUUCUUUCCGUCUACACUUUGACAAAGGGUUAAGAUUCUAUUUUACAAUUUUUGUUUGUUACAGUCAUUUGUUUUUUGCUGCCAUCUUAAAUAUGUUGGACGGAGUCCCUCCCGUAUUUUGACAUUUAAAAGUGCUAUCUCUUGAAGUGUCUGUAACACGCAGAGUUUAAGAAUGUGGUUCAGAUUUUUAAAAGCCUGUUUAUUUUUACUUUGCCUUAUUUUCUAUGUUAUGUGCGAUUCGAACUCGACUCUUCUUAAAUAGCUAUCAAGUUUGGUGUUAAUUAGAGUAAAAGAGUUAACGUGAAAGAUAAUUGUACUUUGUACGCGCAUGCAUGGGAUCGGGGGGGGGGGGGUACUCGGAUUUGGUUUGGACAGGGAUGAGCCGCUCAAGCCUCGAAACCCUUUCCCAUUUUUGAAGGUUAAUUUUGGCCUCAAAAUUUGCUAACCUUACAAAUUGUCAGAUUGUUCUCUAAAUAUAUGCCCAUUUUUAUAUUGGGAAAACGUACCCAUGUUUAGUGAUCAUUGUGUAAAAAAAGUGACCCAUGUUAAGGGAUUUAUGUGUGAAAAAGCGACCCAUUAGAGCGGCACAUCCCCUAUGUAUUAAUAUGUGAGUAUCUCCCUCCCCCCCCCCCCCCCCCCCCGGGUAUGGGAUGCACAUUAUAUUGUUGUUGUAAUUCUUUUUUGAUUUUUCUUAUUUUUUUUAUUCUUUGAGCCGGAAGCUGAGGAAUCCCCGUCAGGUGUACUUAUAAUCUCAGAAGGUAACUCAAUAUUGAGAAAAUGUUAAUUACUCUCCAUAGUUUUGCUUUCGGCUCGAUUCCAAAGGUCAACAAUGCAAUUGAACUUGAAUUUCAAUUAGGUAACUUGAUAUAUAAAUGCCAUCUAUAGGUUCUCUUCAGUCUUCACUAACAAAUGAUGUAGAAUUUAAUGAUGAAAAAUCGUGUGUGUUUUUUCACAACUAGUGAAAAUUACCCGUUUUUGGCAAGCUGUCACUGGCUGGGUUGCAAGCGUAUUUUUCAGGGACGAAGCCUACAAGAACAGAUUCGUUUUUAAAAAUUCUGCAAAAAAAGAAAUGUUGUCAUAACAUUAGAUGAAAUCAGAUGAGAUGAACAUCUUCAAUGAUUUACUAUUUAUUUGUCACUGGUUAUUUUUGGGGGGGUUGAUGCGAGUUUUCGUCGCAAAAGAUUGCGGUACCAGAUCGAAUGAUACUAAAUCUGUUAUAUAAUUUCUUUUUAAUGUAAACCCAUUUCUUUGUUUUACAGUUAUGUUAGAAUGCUGCAUACUAAUAGUUUCAACCUUGAUAUCAAGCUCAACAUCUAAAUGUAUAAAUCAUUAUUGUUCUGUUUGCUGUGGUAGUUUUAUAUUUUGUAGGCGUUCAUUUAGCCUUUUUUUUUUGUCUUAUUGGGUUGUGUGUGCUGGGCAGUGUACAUGUGUUUUUGCAAUAUUAUCAUGACGAUAUUAUUAAGUGUGCAGAGAAUGUUUUGUUAUUUUUUUAAAUAUAUAAUAUGUAUUAUUAACUCAAUUAGUCUUAAGGAUUUUAAAUAUUACGUAAAGACAUGUCUGAUAACUGGUAGUCGCAAUUAUUAGAUAAUUUUUCUUCCCAUGUGACCCCAAUACUUUCGAAAACAUAAAGAAAGCACCCAUGCCAUCCAACAACUUUCGAAAACCUACCAAGACGCUAUCACAAUUGUUAUUUCAUUUAAAGACCCCCGAACCACUCAUUAGAAUUGGGCAUAAACUGGGUGUUUUUGAGAGGGAUGGGCAAAUGAGAGCAAAGUCUGUCAUUUGUUUAUUCCCUCUCCCCCCGGCGCAAUUUGACAUGUACAAGUGCUCUUGACACUCUUGGGUAGCGAUUAUAUUUCUACCACCCUAAACUCAUGAACUAUUCAUGACUUGAACAGAUGACAAGUGAUGUAUAUAGGCCUACCAUCUUUUUUCUCCGUGAAUAUAAACCUACGUCAUUAUAUUAUGUCUAUAAUAACGGAUUUAAAGUGCAUCAGUACUUAAUUUUUCAUACAGGCAAACCUGUCUAUUAAGGCCAAUCAAGAAAUACAGAGAAAGCGGCCAUUGUAUAUGGGUCCUUUAAAACACAUUUCUCUCUCGUUCUACAGGUUAUGUAACAAACAUUUCUCUGUCGAGGGGGACAAAAUAUUUUUUUUUUUGAAAUCCUUUUUAAAAUACGUGGCAUCUAAGACAAGUGGCCUUUAGAGAUGGGUGGUCAUUAAGGUUUGAAUGUAAUUUAGAUUCAAGUGGGCCUGUUUAUUCAUACUAUUAUCUAAAGUUCAUCUUAUGUUUGCUUCUAAGUUAUUGACAUUUUUUCCUUUUCGAAAUGUAUUUUUUAUAUAAAAUUUGGAUUCGUAUACUGCUGUGUGAAUUUUCUAAUUGAAAGUAUCUUUUUGCUGUAUUUCACUGUGUAAUCUUUAUAGGAAACAAUUGUAUUAAACCCUACAUUUAAUUUGGAAAACGAGGGUAAAGAAAACACAAAGAAAUAGCUUGACACAACUCACGUCAUUUUAAUGAUACAAUACCCCUUCAAUAUUUCCAUCUUAAUUAACUUUAACUGUAAAUUAAUUCAGGUAAGACAAUUAGAAGCAUAUCAAUAUUUCAAAUCAUUCCAACCAUAAUGAUCCGAAAAUAAAUCAACCAUCAAAACGUACAUAAAUCUUCGUUAUAAUUUUUUAUGUUAUCUUUGUUUAUUAUAUUCUUUAAGUGUGCUCUGUUGAAGAAAAAAAUUGUAUUUAUUGCCGUGCACUGGGUUCAAUAUGACCUGAACUUGCCGACACGUGGGUAAUUAUUGAACCAAAUAAAACGUGAUUUUAUGAAUCAGUA